AUGGUUUAUUUCUUUCAGGCCGUUCCUCAUGCUCUGUUGGCUAAGCGUGUGGCUCUGGAGCAGACAGCAGCAGCAGGAUGUCUGUUUAACCGCGGCCCACCUGGUCAGCCCACCACUGCAGACGGCCACAGCAUUACUCCCUACACAGUUCCCAUGAUGCUCGGUGCACCAGCUGUUCCUGCUGUCAGCCCUUAUGUUGCUGCUGCCACAGCAAACGCCAGUCAGAUAAUCCUAAAUCUGGUGAACCAGCAGAGCUUCCAGGACAUCAAGCCCAUGAGAGACCAGAUCAUCCGAGUCAAGAGGUAUGAGAAGGUUCCUGUGAUCCUGGUGGGGAAUAAGGUGGAUCUGGAGAGUGAGCGGGAGGUGUCCGUGAGGGAGGGACAGGCGCUGGCCGAGGAGUGGGGCUGUCCGUUCAUCGAGACGUCUGCCAAGAGCAAGACCAUGGUGGACGAACUCUUUGCCGAGAUCGUACGGCAGAUGGACUUCGCGGCACAGCCGGAUAAAGAUGAUCCGUGCUGCUCCUCCUGCAAUAUACAAUAACCCCCCAACACACACACAGAACUCACAUUACAGUAGCUUUGAUAGACCUUCUAGUGUCCACGGUUUUCCAUCAUUCUGUAUCUGCGCACUGACAGUAACUUUGAGGAUUUUUUUUUCUUGUCACUUUAAAUCCUGACUAACUCAACCACAGGAAGAGCACUUGCCUUAGGUUUCACGUUUCCUGUUUGAGCAGGAACCUUCAGUGGCGAUGAGUUGGACUUUUAUGUUCUUGGUCUUGUGGUAUUGAUGAUUUUAUCUGAGUUUGUCACCAGGUCAAAGAGAGAGAGAGAAAAUAAGAGGGUUCUUAGCCAUAUGCUUGAUAUAGCCAUAUAAUCAUUUAAUGAAGACUUUCUAAUUGUCCAUUUAUUUGGGAAUAGAUCCCUCAAAGUCAUCGGUAUCUCAACUGAAACAUUAAGAGGUAGAAAAACAGUUAGCUUUGUUCCAAAACCUAGUUAGCCGCCUACCUAGACAGUAUGUUAAAUCCCAAAGUAUGUUCCCUAUGGUUUCACAGAAUGCAUUGCGGUGAGCUCUGAAAAAUUCCUCCAGGAUGGUGGAUGAGAUUCUAAAUAUAUUUGAAUUUCAUUCCACUCCAUAAUAGUUUGCUGAAAAAUUAAUAAGGUGUGUUUGCAUGUGUUUUUAUGCAUUGCACACACAAGUAUCAUGCUGUUAGCUUAACGGCAUGCUAAUGUCAAACUCUCCGAAUCCAAGUGUAUGAGCUUCACAUAAGCAACUGUAUAUGUGUGAUGCAGAGUAGGGCUGAAUGAUUAAUCAAAGUAAAAUCGAAAUCGCAAUAUGGGUUUGUGUAAUUAUCAAAUCUCAAAGGCUGCGGUUUAAAUGCAAAAAAUAUAUGUUGGAAGUUUCUGAGUGAAAUUGUGAUCAGUGCUUUCAGUUGCUUAUAAAACAUUUAUAAACCUGCAGCCAACAAAGGAGAAUCUUUAAAGUCGGCAUGAAACAGAAGUUACGAUUGUAUUUUCUUCCCUAUUGUUAAUUCUCGG